AUGCAGCCUAUAGCGAUUCUCAGCAUAUUUAUGGCGCUUGGCGCCGUUGGUGCUUCUCCUCUAGUGAGGCCUAAGCCCUCAAUAAUGAAGAGACAGUCUCUCCAGGGCUGCAAUGAUCCUGGAGAAGACCAGUGUGCUGUCUUGACUACGGCUAGUCUGACUGGUAUGCCCGAGGGGCCAUAUGGGACCGCCUGGGUCGGUACUAGUGGUGGCGGAGGAGUCUCGGUUGUUAAUGGCAACUGUACCUCCAUAGUUUCUGGGGGCUCCAUUGGAACGGACAGCCCUGGAUUCUCUGGCGACUUGCAAACGAUUUAUGGCACAACCGUUUAUUACGGCGCCCAGAGUAUUGGUCUCGGUUUUAUUGAUGGGAUUACUUUCCAGUACAAUGGCGCCAGUUACACCCAGUCGGACUGCUACAAUAUCGACAUUUCGAGCUUUGGACAAGGAUCUCAAACCGUCGAAUGCCCCUUUUCGUGCUGA